AUGACAUCCACCUUCGUCUUCACCCUUGCUUUGCCUCCUGCAGUGCCAGGCUUCGACCGCGGUGUCCUGCGCCCGCUGAAGCCCGUGUACGCGAGGGACUUUAUAAGGAUCGCGCCGCAUGAGGUGUAUUACGAGGAGUUUAAGACAUCCCAACAAACCCUCCUCCGCGCCCUCUCCCUCGAGAUUAACAUCUUCCCCCCCACCAAACUCUUGCGGCAGCGGUCUGGUAACGAGACUAGCUUGGGACUUGGCCGGAUGUAUCUUGCUGUCUCGUGUUAUCCUGUACUUCUCGUACUGUACUAUCCAUCUGCACUGUAUCUUGCCGCACUCAUGUUCAACAACUCGGUUGACCCCGAUUGCGCGAGCCGCCGCCCCACGAUCGCCACUGCGCUAAUGUACACACAGUCCCUGGCCGAGUUCGACUGCGCGUUCGAUCAUCGUUACUUACCACAGGCGAACAACCAUGAGACGUGUUUUGAGGAAUCUGAGGAAUCUCGCUGGAUCCUUCUCGCAACCUUCUCUGGCGACAUUGGAGAGGGAGGCGCCGGAGAGAAGGAUGUUGGACUUUGCCUCGCAUCCACACCUCCUCCCCUUCUCGUUCCCGCGGAAUGGAUAUGGGAGGUUGUAGUCGACGAUGUUUGGUGGAUGUUGAGACUGGCCAUGCGUCAGCACGAGAUGUUGGUCUCCACACCAGGAGGCUAUCGAUAG